GGCGCUGUUCAAAAAUCGACGCCAUUUAUCACUUUCAUGCUUCUCGUUCUUUUUGAUUGAUUAGCGACUCAGCGCUGGUUAAUUUAAACCUUUUUACCCGAAUAAAUUAAUUAUCUCGGUCGCAAAAAAUCCACUAAAAUGGCUGCCGCUGCCGUACAAGGAAAACAAGACUUUGAAAAGCCCGUUGUCGAGGCACCUACCAUCCAUCACAUUCGUAUCACCUUGACGGGACGCAAUGUUCGCGUUUUGGAGAAAGUUUGUGCUGACUUGAUCAAUGGCGCCAAGAAGCAAAAGCUCCGUGUCAAGGGACCCGUUCGCAUGCCAACCAAAAUCUUGCGCAUUACUACCCGUAAAACACCUUGCGGUGAAGGUUCCAAGACAUGGGAUCGUUUCCAAAUGAGACUCCACAAGCGUAUCAUCGAUUUGCACUCACCAUCUGAGAUCGUCAAGCAAAUCACUUCGAUCAACAUCGAGCCUGGAGUCGAAGUUGAGGUCACAAUUGCUGAUCCUUGAACAUCAUCUCUUCAUCAUGUCCUCAAAAAAUAAAAAUAUUUUGCAAAAGAUGAGACAAAGAAACUUCUGAACAGAGUUCACCAUACAAAAAACAUCAAUAAAGAACCAAGAAACGAAAAAAAUUUAA